AUGGAUUGCGAUAAUCAUGCAGUAGGCGACAGUACCGCCCUUGUCAGCUCACACCAAACUGUCCAAGCCAGAGGUAGCUCUGGUGUGGCAUUCUGGAAUGAACUCUCUGCGUACCGGGCCACGUACAGUGUCUACGUGCUGUUUGAGGCCGACAGGCGAUCCGCAAACUAUCAAAUGAAUAAGUAUUUUAAUUAUCUGGAACGGCUUCCGACCUCCAUUACUGAGCUCAACGAGAAUGGCAUGUGCCAAGAGCUUUCUACCCGUGAUGGCUUGGAAGCGAGGAGGAAUAUGUGGCGCUUGAAGAUUGCACAAGACACCGCGGUCGAGGAUCUGAAGAAUCUGAUCGAGAACCUUGACAAGAUCAAAGAGCAGGAAAAGUCUGAAAAGAGAACCAACUCUCCAGCCGCCCUGAUCGCAUGGACGGUGGCGUGCUCCAUCCUUGCCUUUGCUGUCCCACACGAGGUGUCAUCCUCUGCCUUUAAAAUUGGAGGACUCGGUGGCAUGCUACUCUUUGCUGUUCGUCUGCUAUGGAAGCCGUCGUCAUUGGAAUCGUUAGAUCCCGUUCAGCAUAAGCUUGAAGGACUGUUGCAGUCCUUCCAGGACGGAACAAUGCAAUAUCGUGAUCGGAACGAGGUUUUGAUCGCGAAAUUGAAUCCUCUCCAUUACCUGCAGCGUGAGCAAGACUGCGAAACCCUCACUGGCUGUUUGCCGCGCGACUUCAGCUCUGGCAUGAACUAG